AGUAUGGAAACUCGAAACUACAAAGAAAGAUAACACUACGAAACAAAAGGAUUGCUGUUUUUUUUCUGUGCGCCGCUGCUCUGCAGUUUUAAUAAAACACAGAAUUAUUCAUUGUCUCACUGAUAAUUUACUACUCUCUCAAAAUCUCCACCAUUAAUCUGAUUUUUAUUAUCUUCCUCGAGAUCAUUCCCUCCCAUCACCUCCCCGUGAUGCGAACGAUUUGAUGCGCCCUUCUUGGCUUCCUCUUCCUUGUCUGACCGACUAACCCCAUUGAUUCUCCAAACCAUCCUUUCGAGUUUACAAUUUUUUGGAAUAAAAAAAAAAAACAAAAAGAAGCCAUUUUUAUUUCAUUUUCUUUGCUUUUAGUUUCCUAUCGCUGUACGCCUGUACCCUUUUCAGUUUGCAGUUUAGUUUGAAUUCGCUGCAUUUUUUCUCUCCCUCCAUGAUUCUGUUUAAAACUCACCAUAGACAACAAUAAAAAUGCCCACAUCAUAACAUUCCCCACUCUCUCAUUCAUUCAUUAUCAUUUGUGUCUCUCUUAUGGCAGAACGCCAUCUUUCUCGUUCAAAAAGCUUACUCAAACUCUCUCUCUUUUGCUGACUCUAAUAUAUUCACACCAAAACUCUUCACUUUCUUCCUCAUCCCUCCCCCUUUAGCAAAAAUGUUUCUCCUUUUCCUCUCCUUUCUCUUCCUCACUUUCCCUUCACCCUCCCUUUCUCUCAACCAAGAAGGCCUCUAUCUUCUCCAUGUCAAAGCCUCCCUUUCAGACCCUGACUCCACCCUUUCCUCAUGGAACCCUCGUGACCCAUCCCCAUGCAACUGGCGUGGCGUUUCAUGUGACACAGCCACUGGCUCUGUCACUUCCCUUGACCUCUCCAACACCAACCUUGCCGGCCCUUUCCCUUCUCUCCUCUGCCGUCUCCAAAACCUUUCCUUCAUUAACUUCUACUACAACAACAUCAAUUCCACCAUCCCUUCCGACAUCUCCACGUGUCAAAAUCUCGUCCACCUUGAUCUCUCUCAAAACCUACUCACUGGUGAACUCCCCCACACUUUGGCUGACCUCCCUAACCUUAAAUACCUCGAUUUAACUGCUAACAAUAUAUCGGGAGAUUUUCCGGAGUCGUUCGGUCGGUUCCAAAAGCUCGAGGUUUUGUCUCUGGUUUACAACCUCCUAGACGGAACAAUCCCCGCAUUUUUAGGAAACAUUAGUACGUUAAAAAUGCUAAAUUUAUCGUACAACCCGUUUAGUCCUGGUCGGAUCCCGCCUGAGCUUGGCAACUUAACCAACUUGGAGAUUAUGUGGCUCACAGAAUGUAAUUUAGUUGACGGAAUUCCAGACUCGCUGGGUCAACUCGAGAAACUCACCGAUUUAGACCUCGCCAUUAACCACUUGGUGGGGAAGAUCCCGAGUUCGCUCACUGAGUUGGUCAGUAUAGUUCAGAUUGAGCUGUAUAACAACUCGUUGACGGGCGAGUUACCUCGCGGGUUCUCGAAUUUGACCCAUCUGAGACUCCUUGACGCAUCAAUGAACCAGUUAACAGGAACGAUUCCGGACGAUUUGACUCGGCUGCCACUUGAAAGUCUCAACCUUUAUCAGAACAACUUCGAAGGAACAUUACCACCGAGUAUCGCGGACUCACCAGCUCUGUACGAACUCAGACUCUUUCAGAACCGACUCUCUGGAGAGUUACCCCAAAAUCUCGGCAAAAACUCGCCGCUUAGAUGGCUCGACGUCUCCAGCAACCAAUUUACCGGCCCCAUACCGCCGAGUUUAUGCGAGAAAGGGAACCUAGAAGAGAUUCUAAUGAUAUACAACUCGUUUUCGGGUCAAAUACCGUCGACUUUAGCCGAGUGUCGGAGCCUGGCCCGGAUCCGACUCGGUUACAACAAAUUAUCCGGUGAAAUUCCCGCCAGGUUCUGGGGUCUUCCUCGCGUUUAUUUACUUGAGCUUGUUAAUAACUCCUUCUCAGGGCAAAUUGGGGAAUCAAUUGCAAAUGCUGCGAACCUGUCGCUUUUGAUUAUAUCCAGGAACGAGUUUACUGGAUCAUUCCCCGAAGAAAUUGGUUUGCUAGAUAACUUAGUUCAACUUUCUGCUAGUGACAAUAAGUUUAGUGGGUUGCUGCCUAGAAGUAUAGUGAAGCUUGAUGAACUAGGGAUUCUUGAUCUUCAUGGAAACGAGUUGGCAGGGGAAUUGCCUAGUGGAAUUGAGUCGUUGAAGAAGUUAAACGAGUUGAAUUUAGCUGAUAAUGAUAUUUCAGGGAGGAUUCCUGAUGGAAUAGGGAGUUUGUCACUACUGAAUUAUCUUGAUUUGUCCAAUAAUCAGUUAACAGGGGGAGUUCCAUUCGGCUUGCAGAGUUUGAAGCUUAAUCAGCUUAAUCUGUCGAAUAAUUUGUUCUCCGGUGAAUUACCGCCUUUAUUUGAUAAGGACAUGUACAAAAACAGCUUCUUGGGGAAUCCUGGUUUGUGUGGGAAUUUUAUUGGUUCGUGUGUUGGGAGGGAUGGAGAUAAGCACAAAGGUUAUGUUUGGUUGCUUAGAUCCAUUUUUGUUUUAGCUGCUUUGGUGUUUGUUGUUGGUGUGGUUUGGUUUUACUUCAAGUACAGGAGUUAUAAGAAAGCAAGGGCUAUUGAUAAGUCUAAGUGGACUUUGAUGUCGUUUCAUAAGUUGGGUUUUAGUGAGUAUGAGAUAUUGGAUUGUCUUGACGAGGAUAAUUUGAUAGGGAGAGGAUCUUCAGGGAAAGUUUACAAGGUUGUGCUUAGUAAUGGAGAGGCUGUUGCUGUUAAGAAGCUUUGGGGAGGAGUGAAAAGGGGUUUUGAGGGUGGAGAUCUUGAGAAAGGUCAGGCUCAGGUUCAUGAUGAUGGGUUUCGAGCUGAGGUCGAGACGUUGGGGAAGAUUAGGCACAAGAAUAUUGUUAAGUUGUGGUGUUGUUGUACCACCAGGGAUUGCAAGCUUUUGGUGUACGAGUACAUGCCAAAUGGUAGCUUGGGUGAUUUGUUGCAUAGUAGUAAAGGUGGUUUAUUGGAUUGGCCAACGAGGUUCAAGAUUAUUAUGGAUGCAGCUGAGGGGCUUUCUUAUUUGCAUCAUGAUUGUGUGCCUCCAAUUGUCCAUAGAGAUGUCAAGUCCAACAAUAUCUUGUUGGAUGGGGAUUUUGGCGCUAGAGUUGCUGAUUUUGGUGUUGCAAAGGUGGUCGAUGCUGCUGGAAAGAGUGCUACGUCUGUGAUUGCUGGUUCUUGUGGUUACAUUGCUCCAGAGUAUGCAUAUACCCUUCGAGUGAACGAGAAGAGUGACAUAUACAGUUUCGGCGUAGUUAUACUUGAGUUGGUCACAGGCAGACUCCCAAUUGACCCGGAGUUUGGGGAGAAGGACCUAGUAAAGUGGGUCUGCACCACUCUAGAUCAGAAAGGAGUGGACCAUGUUCUUGAUUCCAAACUCGAUCCUUGUUUCAAAGAAGAAAUAUACAAGGUCCUCAACAUUGGCCUCCUCUGUACAAAUCCACUCCCAAUCAACCGCCCAUCAAUGAGAAGGUUGGUUAAGAUGUUGCAAGAAGCCGCUGCUGAAAACCAACCGAAGGCUGCUAAAAAGGAUGGGAAACUGACUCCUUAUUACUAUGAAGAUGCCUCUUAUCAAGGAAGUGUAGCUUGAGAAAACUUUUACUCAUACAAGCUUGGUACAAAAACAAGUUCAAAAGGGUGUGGUACUGAAAGGAGUGUGAGGGUGAUAUGCCCCUAAUUUUUUCUUGCUCUCAAGUUUUGCUUUUCAAUAAUUGUACCCACUUGAUGUUUGCUUUACAGGUUUGUUUAAGUGGGAAGGAAACUGGAAAGAGAGUAGGGGUUGAAAUUUUCACAGUUAAGAAAUAGAGGGGAAAAAAAAGGAGAGGGACAUUUAUUAAGGAAUUAAUGUACACUGUAAAUUUAUUAACAAUGAAGGUUUUAUUCCACGUCUACAGAAAAGCUAGUUGCUGCCAGCAUUAUGAUUUUAAGGCCUCGAAAAUGAUGUCCAGACUGAUGAAAGUGAUGCUGCAGAUUUGUCUAGCAUCUUAGGCAGGUAACCUUUGAAUCACCAACUACCUUAGUAAAUACGCCGUGUGAAACAUGGGAAGAAUCCCAUUUUAUACCUGUGCCAUUUGCGAGGUAUAAAUGGUUUUGACAACUCUCUGCUAUGAGAUUUUACAGUAGUUUAUCCCUCUGUUUAUCAAAUUGAAUAGCUAUAAAUAAAUCCGUUAUGAAGUACUUAGGGAAAGUUGGUCGUCAAUGGACCCUAAAUCAUUUACUCAAAUGGCGCUCUCGGCUUCUGUUGCUUUUUAUUACUCCGCUUGUUCAGACUAGA